AAUUUCUUGUUUGUAGCAUUCAAGAGCGCACAUGCCAGAUUUUGGUCUCAAGUAUUUCAUUUUGCAGCAGAGAGUUAUACACCUGUAUCGUCAUGCUAUAAGAGCGUCCAAAUACAUACCCGACCCACAGGCAAGGUCGGAGACCAUCGCCUGGUUUCGCAGUGAAAUCGAACGCAAUAAAUGGCUGACGGACGUGGUUGUCAUAGAGGAAAAAAUCAAUAUGGCUCGUCGAGAAAUUCGGCAAAUACUUCCAACAUCACAGCCUCAGGCCCUAUAGGUGAUACCAUCGUCACCAGAGCUGUUGGGAUGGCGAGGCUCUUAGAGUUUUCAAAGACGCAGAAGUUUCUUCGUCGCAAGCAGGAUCAUGCACACACGAUGACGAUUACAGUCAGGACAAGGAUCAGAUGGGAACUGUCCGCACUCUUCUCAUCCAUCUGGAUGGGUGUCGAACGAUUUGAAAAUACCACAUCCUCGUCGCAAAUCACACAAUUAGCGCGAUACUGAUAAAAGGACAGCUCACCCCACUAUGCAAAAUUGCGUUGCUGUUUGAACAGGCCUUUCUAUCUUCAGUUUGUG